UGUAUUCACCCCACGGGGCGACGACUAUAACUCUACCUAUCCCCCCCGGGCCCCAUCUCCUUCGUUACAUAUACGCUGCGACUCCCGUUGCGGCCAUACAUCUAUCCCCUUCAAGAUGAUGCUAGAUGAGAAAUACAUCGGGUUAGCAUUGGCUAUAUCCUCCAGUCUAGCCAUUGGCACGAGUUUUGUCAUUACGAAAAAGGGGUUAAUACAAGCAGAGGAGAAGCAUGGUUUCUCGGGUGAUGGCUUUGUCUAUCUCAGAAGCCCAACGUGGUGGGCAGGCAUGAUAACGAUGAUUAUUGGAGAAAUUUGCAAUUUCGCUGCGUACGCCUUCGCCCCAGCCAUUCUAGUGACGCCGUUGGGGGCCCUUUCGGUCUUGAUCGGAGCCGUCCUGGGAUCGUAUUUUCUGAAGGAAGAGCUGGGAACCUUGGGGAAGCUCGGUUGCGCCAUCUGCUUGCUAGGCGCCGUCGUCAUCGUUCUCCAUGCGCCCCCUGACGAGGACAUUCAGACAAUCGAUCAGAUUUUAUACUACGCUAUUCAACCAGGUUUCCUCCUGUAUUGUACGGUCGUGGCUAUAUUCGCGGGAGUCAUGGUUUAUAAGAUCGCGCCGCUCCAUGGCAAGAAGAAUCCUCUGAUCUACCUUUCGAUCUGCUCCACCGUCGGCUCCGUCUCCGUCAUGUCCGUGAAGGCGUUCGGCAUUGCGCUGAAACUCACACUCGCGGGGAACAACCAGUUUUCGCAUCCGUCGACAUACGUCUUCAUGAUUCUUACGGCGGUCUGUAUCCUGACCCAGAUGAAUUAUUUCAACAAGGCUUUGAGCCAGUUUAGCACGCAAAUAGUUAACCCACUUUACUAUGUGACUUUCACCACCGCCACCCUCUGCGCCUCCUUCAUCCUCUUCUCCGGCUUCAACACCACCGACACGGUCAAUACGCUCUCCUUGCUAUGCGGCUUCCUAGUAACUUUCACCGGCGUUUACCUACUAAACCUCUCGCGGCGUGACCCUAACGGAACGAAUAUGCUUGCGGGGCAAGGCACCGACGUUACUGGCACCGACAUGAUCUCAAGUAUUCAGACACGUCUUAGUUUGCAGGCUCGGCGCAGCACGGGCUCGCGGAUAAGCGUGGGGAGCCGGGGACCCUCCGACCGAGAGGGUCUCAUGCGCGCUUUUGACCUAGAGCAGUCAGGUGAAUACGGGUUGAACGAUCUCACCGAGGGUAGCGAAGAUGAGUCCCCAUCGACGGGUCAGAACGGCUCCCGAUACCACGCUCCCAAAAAUCACGAGUCGAUUGAAUUACAAAAUCGGAAGUCGGCUGAGCGAUGAGAGAGCACGUAUCGGCAUCAUUUAAAUCGUCCUCCGCAUCUCAUCUGUGACUGUAUUGUAUACUUUUUUUUCCCCUUUAGUCCCGUCGCAACUCCAUCUGUCCGAGAAAUC